AUGACCCGGGAGGGCCUCUUGCCCCCCAAUUCGGUGGAGAUGCUGGAGCUGCGGGAGGCCUACCAGUGCGCCCUGCCGUUCGGAAGCCGUCUGAAGAUGAGGGACGCCGGCGCCCGGGAGGCUGACGUAUCGCCUCGACUCGAGAAACAGGGCCUCCGCAGCCCGAAGGAGAUGCCCGAAGGAGCCGCCGCCGACAUGGACGCCGAGCCGAAGCUCAACAUGCAAUCGUGGUGCAGCUGUCUUAUCAACGCUGGCGGAGCCAAGGUGAAGGGUGAGGGAGGUGACGGGAUCGGGGCGAAGGCCAAGAAGGCCCGCCAGACCGCCGACGAGGACAUCCCGGUCCCAAUCGUGAAGCUAGUGCUCACCAACACCGGGGACAUCGGGGACAUGGGCGCGAUCCUCUACGCCAAGUUCGAGCUCCCCGUCAGCGCGCCGCUUAUCGCGGUCACGCAGGGCGCAGGGGAGAAGUGCAACGACGAGGCGACGGAGCUCAAAGAGAAAAAGCGCGCGGGAGAGACGGUCGACCACAAGAGCAGGGGACUAGCACACCUUCAGAUCUUCAUGGCGGCGUUCGGCCACGCAGCGACGAGGACCCCGGCGACGGGGGCCAAGCGGGCCGAGGAGGCCAAGCUAACAUUGGCGAUGUUUGACGUUUUCAACAACGAGCUGGCGAACUACGACAGCCCAGCUCAAGUGGGACAGCAGGUCGGAUACUCCAGGGUGAAGACGCACAACAAAGAGGAGAACGCCGCGCAGAUGUGCACCUGGCUGUGGUACGUGAAGCCCCGCCACAAGCACGCGGCCGCGGUGCAGGAGUGGCUCGAGCAGCUGGCGCAGUUCGAGGGCGAGAAGGAGCUGCGCAGCGGGCCGCCUCGAGGCCCCCUGGAGCGCAAGCUGAGCAAGUCCAUCGACGACCGAAACAGGCGGUAG